UUCGAGCACGGAAGGUAAACGGAUGCUUACUGCUUAGCCGACAACGUUAUUGCACCGUGCCGCCGGUGCGCGAAACGUUCUGAUCGAGCCGCCCAUCCCGCUGCUUCGACCGAAAACGCCUCGACGGGUCGCACGCAUGUCGCCGCGAAUCUACGCAGCAGCUCAGCGUCGACCAACGCCACUGGGGACGAUCACCCGCGCGCUGAGCGCCACUCUUUUGUUACCAAGAGGGCCCACAUAAACAUCAGCCCUGGCGCUGCUCAUGGAGAACCUGCUGCUGUGGUUCAUUCUGCUAAUCGUCAUAGCCGCGUGCGGCAUAUUUGGCCUCUGGUUGCUGUGCAACGUGCGCUCCUAUCUUGGCAACAACGGAAGCAGCAGCAGCAGCAACCAAAUGACGCACCCGCUGUUCGCCGACGAGCACCAGAUGCCCCAGUCACCGUGCAUGGACCCUCGGCAACAACAUGACCACCACCACUGGCGCCCGGAAGAGCCACCGCAGCCGUAUCCACAGCCCCUUCCGCAGCCGGUGCCGCAGCCACAGCCGAAGCAACAGCCGCAGCCACAGCCGUUGCCGCCAUUCCACGAGCCGCAGCAACGGCAGCCACGUAAUGGGUACCCGUUUCACCCGUACUACAUUGAGCCGCCGAUCGACUAUACGCCCCCUCCGACGGUUGAGCCUCCGCGAAAGCACACUGUGUACACGCAGACGUACCAGACUUACGCCAAGAAGAAGUCCGUGAAGAUUGAGGAACGAAAGAGCUCAAGUUCUCCCUGAGUGCAUUAGUGUGUGAGAGAGGAAAUAGCACUGCCAAAUUUUGAAGCGAUCUAAUGCCACCUAUAUUUUGAAAUCGAAACUAUGUCAGUGCAGCGUGGCGCUACUGGAAACACAAUUGACUUGGUACGUUUGGCGCGUUUUCCCUUUUCAAGGUUGAGUACUGAGAUACUUAAGUAGUUUUAUAUUCACCGAGCGAUAAAUAGGUUGUUUCUUUCGUGGA